GCUCGACAGGAACAAAUCCUCCUGUGAAUUCGUUAAGUUGUCCCCAUCUCGAUGGAUGAUGUGAGCCCCACGUAAACGUCAUACGCCCUUUCUCCUAAAAAUGGCCCAUAAAGCCUUCUUCCUCUCCGUCUUCGAAACCACUACUAAUUCUAGACCUCCAUCAACAAACACCACACCACACAUCAUAACCCAAUUCACAGUCACCACACCAAACUACACCAAAAUAACCCCCCCGUCUUCUCUCCUCCACCAUGAAGAUCGCCAUCACCGGAGCCCGCGGCACCGUAGGCCAAGAAGUCGUCCGCCUCUGCGCCAACCAAGGCCACGCAACCGUACAAAUCAACCGCACCCCACAAGACCCCGACCCGUCCACCCCCAAGACCGAAAUGCGCACCGCCGACGCCGCCAGCGACUACGACGCCGUUCUGAAAGCCUUUGAGGGGUGCGACGCCGUCAUCCACCUGGCCGCCAUCCCCGACCCCGUCGACAAGGACGACCACAAAGUGCACUCCAACAACGUCUGUGCCGCCUUCAACGGCAUGCGCGCCGCCGCCGAGCUGGGCAUCCAAAAGUUCUGCUAUGCUUCGUCCGUCAACGCCAUCGGCCUCGUCUACUCGAACCAGCCGCUGGAAUUUGAUUACUUCCCGAUUGACGAGGAAAUCACCCAGAAGCCGACGGACGCGUACGCGCUCGCCAAGGAGGAGGCCGAGAUGCAGGCCAGGACGAUCGCGAGGUGGUUCCCCGGCAUGAAGAUUGCGUGCUUGAGGAUUCACCAGGUGGCGCCCAAGAAGGAGGUGGAGGAGGAUUAUGCGGGGAACAACGAAAAGGCCGUCAAGCAGCUUUGGGGGUGGGUGCAUCCGCAGGCAACGGCGAGGGCGUGUUUGGCGGCGGUGCAGAACGCGGAUAAGUUUGAGGGAGCCGAGAUUUUCAACGUGGUUAGUCCCGAGAGGUGUGUGGUGGGCGAGGAUGCCAAGCUGAGCAAUGAGGAGCUGGUCAAGAAGUAUUGGCCGGGCACAAAGAUCAAGGGGGAUAUGUCCGGGAACAAGGGCUUCUGGAGUGUGGAAAAGAUUGAGCGGGUGCUGGGGUGGAAGCACGAGGAGAAGGAGUGACUGCCGUUGGGGAGCAAGUUGUGAUGAUGCAUUUAUGAAUAAUGAUAUUUGACAUUUCUGUCAGCUCGGCGAUGGCUCAAAGCUUUGUCAUUUACGAUGGUUGGGUUGUAUUUCCGCUGAGUGAUCGUGAACCGCCGGCGGCAUUCGACUUUCAUGGUUAACAUUUUGGCUGUUAUGCUGAAGGUAGGCAAGGCCACCAAUUCAAUUGAUUGCAAACUAGUCCUGCUCAUCCAUCUUUCCCCCCAGCGGUUGGCAGCUGACUUGGCCUCUGUGAACUCGUAGAGUUCCGUCCUGUUGUUUUUAACCACUUGAUGACCCAAUCAAGCUACUCGAG